CGGCCAUCUUGCUUCAUUUUCUAUUUUGAUUUGCGAGUGGAAUUUUCGGACGCACCGGGGGUUGCCUGUAAUAAACAAAUGAACUGUUAAACCCACAAAGCAAUGUGCGCCUAUGUCAGCCAUAAGCAGUCCCUUGCCCAGUGAGGAAGCUAAAGCGGACGCCGGAGCGGUCUGCAGGCGUAGGAAAACCUCAGGAAACCAGUCGGUCACUGAGCGUCCACGGAAAAGGCUCUCGGCGAUGACCGACACGGGGAACCAGAGGAGGCCCAUCUACUCGGCCUUAGCGGGCUCCAACGGCGUCCGGAAGGCGUCAUCGCCCAUGUCCAACAACAAGCCCAACUCUGCCAAAAAGCUGGUCAUCAAAAACUUCGAGAGACCCCAGCUGCCGGACCGCUAUGAGGAGGUGGCGUGGGCCAAGCUGCGGGAGGCGGUGGUGGCCAUCCAGCAGUCGCAGCGCAUCAGCACCUCUCAGGAAGAGCUGUACCAGGCCGUGGAGAACCUCUGCUCCCACAAGAUGGCGCCACAGCUCUACGACAACCUCCGGGACCUGUGCGAGCAGCAUGUGCGCUCCGCCCUCCACACCUUCUUCAAAGAGUCGCUGGACAACACACUCUUCCUGAAGCUGAUGAACGACUGCUGGCAGUCCCACUGCCAACAGAUGAUAAUGAUCCGGAGCAUCUUCCUGUUCCUUGACCGAACGUAUGUGCUUCAAAAUGCUGCUGUGGCUUCCAUAUGGGACGUUGGCCUGGAGCUGUUUCGGACGCACAUAGCAAGCAACAGCAGUGUUCAGGGACGCACGGUGGAGGGCCUCUUGCAGCUCAUAGAGAAGGAGAGGGGAGGUGAUGCGGUGGACCGCUCUCUGCUCAAGUCGCUCGUUCGCAUGCUCUCAGACCUUGGCAUGUACGGAGAGGUGUUUGAGGGACGGUUUCUGGAAGCGACGGAGCGUCUCUACGGUGAAGAGGCGCAGCGUUUGUUGCAAGAAGCGGAAGUUCCGGCCUACCUACAGCACGUGGAGCGCCGCCUGGCGGAGGAAUGGGAGCGCCUGCUUCACUACCUUGACCACUCCACAAAGAAGCCCCUGAUCAGCUGCGUAGAGCGGCAGUUGCUGGGGCAGCACCUGUCCCUGAUCCUGCAGAAAGGCAUGGAUCAGCUUCUGGACGACAAUCGGGAUCUGGGCCUCAUGUACAGCCUCUUCGCUCGGGUCAAGGACGGGCUGCCCAUGCUCUGCACCCACUUCAACCACUACGUCAAGAAACGGGGCCGGGUGAUAGUGACAAACCCAGAGAAGGACCGCUCGAUGGUCCAGGAGUUGUUGGACUUCAAGGACCAGAUGGACUCAGUGGUAACCCAGUGCUUUCAGAGGAACGAAAAGUUUGUCAACUCACUCAAGGAGGCCUUUGAGCACUUCAUCAACCAGCGACCAAACAAGCCUGCAGAACUCAUCGCCAAGUUUGUUGACUCCAAGCUAAGAGCGGGGAACAAGGAAGCGACGGAAGAGGAGUUGGAAAGGCUGCUCGACAAGAUCAUGGUGCUGUUCCGCUUCAUUCAUGGCAAGGAUGUGUUCGAGGCCUUUUACAAGAAGGAUCUGGCGAAGCGCUUGCUGGUGGGCAAAAGCGCCUCAGUGGAUGCCGAGAAGUCUAUGCUGUCUAAACUAAAGGCAGAAUGUGGUGCUGCAUUCACUUCCAAGCUGGAGGGCAUGUUUAAGGACAUGGAGCUGUCCAAGGAGCUGAUGCUGGCCUUCCGGCAGCACUUGCAGCACCAGCAGGAGCAGGGCCAGCCGGCCCCGUCCCUGGACCUGACGGUGAGCGUGCUCACCAUGGGUUACUGGCCCAGCUACCCGGCCCAGGAAGUGGCCCUGCCCCCGGCCAUGGUCCAGUACCAGGACCUCUUCCGCCGCUUCUACCUGGGCAAGCACAGCGGCCGCAAACUGCAGUGGCAGCCCAGCCUGGGACACUGCGUGCUCAGGGCCGCCUUCCCGGCCCCCAACGGGGGAGGCCCCAAGGAGCUGCAGGUGUCCCUCUUCCAGGCGCUUGUGCUGCUGGCCUUCAACGAGGCGGCGGGUCCCGUGGGGCUGGCGGAGCUGCGGGCGUCCACCCGCCUGGAAGACGGGGAGCUGCGGCGCACGCUGCAGUCGCUGGCGUGCGGGCGGGCCCGCGUGCUGCUCAAGGUCCCGCGCGGCCGGGACGUGCAGGACGAGGACCGGUUCCUGUUCAACGCGGACUUCCGGAACCGGCUCUUCCGCAUUAAGAUCAACCAGAUCCAGAUGCGGGAGACGCAGGAGGAGCAGAGCUCGACCCAGGAGCGGGUGUACCAGGACCGGCAGUACCAGAUCGACGCGGCCGUGGUGCGCAUCAUGAAGAUGCGCAAGACCCUCACCCACAACCUGCUCAUCACAGAGCUCUACGACCAGCUCAAGUUCCCCGUCAAGCCCACGGAUCUAAAGAAGCGCAUCGAGAGCCUCAUUGAUCGGGAUUACCUCGAAAGAGACAAGGACAACCCGAACCAGUACCACUACGUUGCCUGAAAGGGGGCGCCACCAUUGCCCAAAUUCAGUUCUACUAUAAGUCUUUUCUGGCUGCUGCUGCUGCUGCUGCUCCUGUAACAUAGACCCCCGUUUUUUUUUUUUUUGUUUUUCUUCCCCUGUUUGAUAAGUGUCAACUAAGCGGCACAACAUCCGGAACUUGUCAAAUAAAAUGAUGCUCGAAGUGAAAAA